CACAACUUCCCGAUUGUGGAAGCGUAACCACCGGUUGCUUGUUAAUUUUUGUUUUGUUCUCUUCUUUGUACUAUCUACCCUCAUAUGCCAGCACGAAAUUGACCCGAAUCUUUCGAUUUUUGAUUCGGGAGAUCAAUUUAUCCACAGCCAAUAGUUAUCUCAAAUUCAACCUAUCAGCCAGUCGCGAAAAUGCCAACGCAGCCAGCACGCGGCGGCCCGCGGUCGUCAAUGGGUGGUUCCGCUCCUACUGCCAACAUGGGCCCUCGCAUUGGAACCUCGGGAAAAGUCAGUGGUAAGAAGCUACUGCAUGGUGCAGGUGGAAAGCGUCAUCGCAAAAUCCAGAGAGACACAAUCAGUGGCAUAACAAAAGGUGACAUCAGACGUCUGGCCCGUCGUGGCGGAGUGAAGCGCCUGUCGGGGAUGAUAUAUGAUGAAACACGAGGUGCAAUGAAGCAAUAUCUGGAAAGGAUCCUCAGGGACUGCGUAGCAUAUUGCGAUUAUCGUCGCGCCAAGACAGUGACCGUCCACGAUGUCCUCCAUGCUCUCAAAAGAAUCGGCAGGCCAAUCUAUGGAUUUGAUUCUCUACUUCCCGCGUCAAAGAAGGCGCCGGUGGCCGACUCUUAAUUAUCAUUCGGUCGGAAUGAUACGGUCACGUCCAAGUUCCUCUAAUCUGUCACGACUGAUGUGCUUGGGUUUUAAGGUUGCGAAGGCGUUUGGAGUUUACAGUGUCUUUUUUCCCGACCAUUUGCUGAGUUUGGCAUUUAUUACUUGUACUUGCCCAACUUUCGAGACGUCACUGUAGGGAUCGAUUGCCCUUUUGCUUUAUCUUUUUCACUUGUUAAGCUUCGCGAUGAGAGCCAGGAUUUUGUAUGAGACGGUUGUCUAUUGAGCAGGUAAGCCAUGACGGUCAAGAAAAUGGGGACGGGAAACAAUUAAUAUACGAUCAAUAAUGCAACCACACCGCCCCGAAUUGAAUACGGCUUGAAAUUGUGAAA